UUGAAUCAAUGCAAUAAUGUUAUCCUUCUGCACUGCAUUGCCAUGGCCGUGCGUGUGUGAAGACGGGUCUCUGUUAUACUCGGCAGUGUACACGUUUCCCCCAUGCUGGACUCCUGCACGGCUUCAACCACAUACAUGUACACAGCAGUCUCUCCAAGCGUGAGACAGCUGUUUUCUCAGUGAGGAUGUUCUUCCUAUAACUCUUGAGGAAGUUCUCAUUUUAAGGACGUCCCUCAUUACCCACGACGAUUUGGUUUACGUUGUUAUAUGUACGGCCGUGUGGACGAGGUACACGUGAACGAAACAAUCAUAUGUGAGGGUGUGGAAAUAACGCUAAAUAUUUCACUCUCGAGGAGUGUAAGGCCACGUGAGCGUCGUAACACUACUACUGCGUGUUCUGUUACUACUACUACAACUGCUUGUACCAUUCCAGGGCCUCCGCCUGUUUUAGAUGAGACCGGACAGUUGCAAGCUCUCGACGAAGCUACAGCACAGCACAAGGCAAUGGCAGACCGGAGACAGCUUAUCACCGAAAUGAGGAGUCAGAAUUUUGACGUUAUUCGCUUCGCCACGUAUCGAGCCAGCUGCAAGCUGAGAUUCAUUCAGAGAAGAUGCAAUCUACACCUGGUGGACAUCUGGAACAUGAUCGAGGCGUUCCGGGAGAACGGACUCAACACUCUGAGCGCUGUAGACGAGCUGAGCGUCAAUCGAGUAGAGACCAUACUCACGAGUAUCUACUAUCAACUCAAUAAACGCUUGCCAUCCACUCACCAGAUCAACGUGGACCAGUCCAUCACAUUGCUGUCUAACUUCAUUCAGAUGGCCUAUGAUGAUGGUGCUACUGGUAAGAUUACUGUAUUCGCCUUAAAGGUUGCUCUAUCAACGCUGUGCGCCGGCAAGAUCAUGGACAAACUCAGAUAUGUUUUCUCCCAGAUCUCGGACAGCAAUGGCGUCUUGAUCCACUCCAAGUUUGAUGAGUACCUCAAGUUGGUGCUGCAGCUUCCCACGGCCGUGUUUGAAGGACCGUCAUUUGGUUACAGCGAGAACGCCGCUCAAUCAUGCUUUGGCCAGGGACCCAAUGCCAACAGGCGAGUGACAUUGAAUGAUUUUCUGGACACUCUGUUAGCUGACCCCGGACCACCAUGUCUAAUGUGGUUCCCCUUGAUGCAUCGUAUGUGUAAUGUAGAGAAUGUGUUCCACCCGGUUGAGUGCAGUAACUGCAAGUCAGAGUCCAUGAUGGGGUACCGCUAUAAGUGUAACCGUUGCCCCAACUAUCAACUCUGCCAGAACUGUUUCUGGAGAGGCUACACGUCGGGUAGCCACACCUCCGAUCACGAAAUGAAGGAAUACUCAUCCUGGAAAUCCCCGGCCAAGAAGGUGGGGAAGGCCUUGAAGAAGCCAUUCCGCUCACCCUCCAAGCAGCAACGUAUACCUCACUAUCCAGAUGAACCUGAACGACCUCUUGACCUCUCACAUAUUGUAAAAGGCAGUGUUUCUGAACUUCUUAUGCCUGCUACUCCAGUAACGGUACUGACCUAUGACAGCCCUGAUAAUGCUAGAAUCUUACGAACGGAGGAUGAUAUCAAAAGUCUAGACAAUACUCGAUUGGAUGAUGAGCAUAGAUUGAUUGCUUGUUACGCUGCUAGGUUAGCCGCCGCUAGUAAUAACCCGCCCACAGUGUCUGAGAUUUCCGCCGAUCUCGACGCCAACAAGGAGCAGAGAGCUCUGAUUGCGCAACUUGAGGCUAAGAACAGAGAGAUAAUGCGUGAAAUCCAGCGUCUACGCCAGGAACACGACGAGGCUGUGCGAUCGCAGCCGCAACGUAACCCGACACUAUUGGCCGAGCUCAGGUUGCUACGGCAACGUAAGGACGAGCUGGAGUUGAGGAUGGCCGCGUUGCAGGAGAGCAGACGAGAGCUGAUGGUUCAGCUUGAAGGACUGAUGAAACUUCUUAAGAGUCACGGAUCCCCACGGUCCAGCCCAAACCACACCUCCAAAAACAACAACGCCUCGACGACCACGCCCACGCAUUCCGCCAACACGCCCGGCGAUAUUGGCUCCACCCGGAACGGCAAACCAGCGAGUAGUGAAGGAUCGCGGAAUCUUCGGAGUGAUCUAUUGGUAGCCGCCGACUCUGUGACAAGUGCCAUGUCAUCGUUAGUCAGGGAAUUAAACUCAGAAGCUGACGACGAUGAUGAAGAUGACGAUGAUUUCAUCUCUGAAGAGGGAACCGUCAAAAGCCCAGACACACCCAGUAAAGACAACGCUAACAGUAGAGAUGUUACGUUUAGCCAGCGAGUAGGCCAACGCUUGGGUUCCACUGGUGAGAAGAGUAACAAGAUGUCGGAACAGGACUUCAUCGCUGAGUUGACGGCGCGUAAAGAAGGCAGAUCGAGAGACCACGCGCGCCCCCCGUCGGGAUUGGAUAUCUCUGGGCAGAGUCAAACUGAUGAUGAUAGUUACAUAGCAACAGACGAUGCCGAGUCGUACGUCCGCACCGAUGAUGAGAGCUACAUGAGAACAGAUGAUGAGUUACAAGGCCGAGUCACAGAUGAUGAACUCAAAGAAGCCAAGGAGUUGUACCGUCGACACACUGAUGAUGAAAGUUUCAAUCGGACAACAACAGACGACGAGAGUUACAUCCGCACCGACGAGGACGAACCCAGGAACCCCCUCUGGGAAGACAACACCCGUCGCUGGAUCAAUCGGUGAUCGAUAACCUAACCAAUAGCCAAUGUAUUGAUUAAAUAGAGACCUUUUUAUUAUGCAGUAGUUCCGCCUUUGGGAAAUGGCGGCGAGGGGAGGGGGGGGGGGAUCUUGUAGAAAUCUAGUGAUGAAUGUUAUAUGUAGAUUUGACUAACAACUGGCACAAAACAAUUAACCGCAAAAAGCAGUAAAUGCAAUUUUUACUCGCUUAAACCUGAUCCCAAUUUUAAGUCGACAUGUAAUGAAAGUGUAAUUAAUUCAUAAAUUUCCAGUAGUGAUUUUUGUUUUUUCCCAACUUGAAAAAAAAUCCUUAACUUCUCAAAAAAAAUGGUUGCCUUGAUUUCAAUUGAGGGUUACUUGCUUUCCACUUGGGUUGUCAGUGAGCUCUUCGUCCUUUUCAGUAAAAAGGAGUUCUUUUUUGCAUAAUCAAGGCCACAAUUAUUGGUCUUUGCAGAUUUCUUGGUUAUAUUUAUUCACAUGAAAACAUCGUUGUUCAACUGUUAGAACAGUUUGUUCUGGGCUUUUUUCUACCCCUGGCCAAUGAAUGAAAGAUUGGAGCCCUUGAAAAUUGCCAAUUAAUCUGUCAAUCAGCCUGGAUAUUAACCGCGAGCAAUUACAUCACAUCUUAGCAAUGCUAAGGUUGUGGGUUCGAAUCCCACUGAGUGAUUUGCCUGUUGAUUUUGUUCACAGACCAAAGCGGGAGUGUACCGAAUACACAAUGCUUAAAGGGAAGGUACACGUUUGGUAAUUACUCAAAACAAAUACUAACUUAAAAACCGACUUGGUAACG